UAAAAUAUUCAUUUUCCCACUUAUUUUCUAUUGUUUUUCAAAUUCCUUCAUUACACGGAAUCCCACACCAUUUCCAUUUCGUCUCUCCCGCUGAGCCGAAACCACACGACUCCACCCGAUUCAAUCCCUCAAGUUUAGGGUGAAGUUAUUUUAGGGUCUGGUUUUGGUUAUUGGUUAUGUCCACAUGGACAACAAUUCAGAAAGGUUUUUAUGUGUUUACGAUUUUGCAUUGAGUCGGUGUGUAUUUUAGUUCAUCUGUAUCGAUUAUAUAUUGAUCGUGAUCUACGAAGAUGAGUAAAAGUAGCAGAACAGAAAGCCAUGAGAAGUACUUGGAUCAUACACACAAGUGAAUAAAUAUGGGAGGCUGCUGUUGUUGUUCUUCAAACCGUGUAGAAUGGAACAAUUCACCCCGAUUAUAUCAUUAUCCAGUAGUAUCAGAGGAUCGGCAGCCAUUAUCAGCACACAGUGGUGUAGCUUCUGUUGUUCCUACAGGGCUUUUAGUUGAUACAAAUCUUGAUACUUCCAUACCAGACACUUACAGACACCCACCAGCACCUUUACCAUAUGAAGCAAUUGUUGGGGAUCCUCAAACUCAAACUCCUCCUGUGCAAACAAAUUGUUCUGACCCUAUUGAAGAUAUAAAAAUCAGUAAUCAUGGUGAAAAUCUGGCUAAGGAAACCAUGGAAUCUGAUUGCAAAGACCAAAUUGAUAUCAAACUUGUUGCUACUGAAGAAGACGAUGGCGAAGUCAAGAAGUCAAAUGCACCUUUUGUAGCCCCUGAGGAGUGUCCUACAUGUCUUGAAGAAUAUGACGAAGAAAAUCCAAAAAUAGUCACGAAAUGCGAGCAUCAUUUUCACUUGUCGUGCAUUCUUGAAUGGAUGGAAAGAAGUAAUACGUGCCCUGUGUGCGAUCAGGUUACUCCAAAUUUCAAUUUCAACAAUUUUCAUAUGGUAUUCAAGAACGUUUUAAUUCGGAGAAAUAGUUUUAAGAAAAAUUGUUGUUGAUAUAUGAUAAAUAUCGAAAAUACCCUUUGGCAAAUACAAGAAAUUCCAGGGUCCAAAUCAAUACCAUUUAUUUAUCAUGAAAACUUUGGGCAAAAAAAAAGUUUUUGUUUGUAUUGUUCCUUUUUGUGAUAAAAACCUUUCAAAGUGAACAUGUGAAGCCUACAAACAAAGUACAAUUAUUAUUAUUUAUAUUGUUUUUAUUCUGA